CAGCUGCUUUGACCCAAAAACGUUUUCAUGGCAUAGACAGCCACGGGUGCCGAUGUGGCCGGUAUGGCUGUUGGUGACCCCGGCUAUGGCGACUGGUUGGGACUAUGGCUGGCAGCCUAUGGAACCCGCAGAGAGUAGCUCUUCGGAGCUUCAGAAAAAACUGGAUCAGGCGCGCCAUGAUCUCAGCUCCUGUCGCGCGGAGUGUGACUGCGGCGAUUGUCGCGUGCCGCAGCUGUCGGAACACAGGCAGUGGAAGUGGAUCCAGGACGUCGCAACCCUGGUGGCGCGGCACAAAAAUGUGCUGUUGACGGCGGCCGCGGUGACUGCGGUGGCCAUUGCGUUGGCGGCGAUGCUGAGGCUCCUUUCCAGGAAGACACGCAGAGGAGGUCUCCAGCAUUUGCGCCUGCCUUUGACGGAGGCUGGCGGAAAUCGGCGUUGGUGGCGCCUCCCGGGCGUGCCGGGCUGGUGCCGGCUACCAAGGCUCCAACUGCGAUGGAGGCUGCCACGCUGCCCGCAGCUGACGGCUCUGAUGGUCGCCCUUUGGUCGCUGCCAGCGCAGCUGUGGGGCAAGCUGAAGGGUCUUGGGAGGCUCUGUUUUUGCUGUCCUGAGUUGGAUGCCAGUGGGCGUGUCCCAUGGCGCCAACGGGCUCAGAAUGCACGGCAGUCGCUGCAACAGGCG